AAUAUUUCAUUGUAUAAUCGAACUCGUCAUACUUCAAGGUCUCCUCCUCCUCCUAAUAGGUCACAGCCGGAGAUGAUGCUGCCGCUGGGGAUUGAUCGAAUCAGCGCCUUACCUGACGAGAUGCUAAUACACAUACUCUCCUUUCUCCCAACUAAGUCUGCAUUCGCCACCACCGUUCUUUCCAAGCGUUGGACGCCACUCUUUCACUCGCUCACCGCCGUCUACUUCGACGACGAAGGCGUAGAAGACGAAAAGACUUGCGGUCGCUUCAUUCGCUUUGUGGACACAAUUCUGCGCGUCCAGCAACAGCCCAUCAAAACAUUUCACCUCAUGUUGACUCGGUUUGAACUCUGCAAAGAUCUCCGGUUCAAUGUAAACAGGUGGGUUAAAGCCGCGAACCAGCGUGGUGUUGAGAACAUAGAGCUGUCCACCUCGCGGUGUGCUGCGCGCUUGUUCUUCAGCUUUUUCACCUCACAAACCCUCGUGGUUUUGAAGCUGAAUCGGUUUUACAUGGGUUCUCAUGAUUUUGAGUCAAUUGAUCUUCCCUCACUUAAAAUACUUCAGUUGAUAGAUACUGAGUUUCUACAAAAGGAAGAUUUCAAGAAACUUCUUUCUGGGUGCCCCAUCCUCGUGGAUUUGUAUGCUCGAGUUAAAUUUUUAAGUGAUCGGAACAAUGACAAUCCAGGGUAUAAAACCAUGCCCAAGUUGGAGAAAGCAUGUAUCACUCAACUGGAUGUUCCUUUCACUGUGAUUUAUAAUGUCGAGUUUCUACGCAUAGAGCAGAUGGAGCGUAGAUACAAAGACAAAUACAUCAAUUCCUACUACAGAGGAAUGCCUGAUUUUCAGAACUUAAUCAGCAUUGAGCUAACCUUUGCUAGUUUCCAUGGCUGGGUUGAUGUAGUUGAAGUCCUCCCUUAUUGUCCCAAGCUUCAAUCUCUUGCCAUUGAAAAGGGUGAUGAGUACGUGCAAUUUUACCAGAAAUGGGCACAUGCAAAAGAACCUGUACCGGAAUGUGUUUCAUUACAUCUUACAACAUGCUCAAUUAAAAACUUUGAUAGCUGGGAUGAUUUUGAAUUUGCAGAAUUUAUCUUGCAGAAUGCGAGAUUUUUACAAGCAAUGGAACUUUGCAGUGCCCUUUCCGUGGAGGAAAAUGAAAAGCAAUUGUUUCUCAAACAGUUUUCCCGUUCCCCAAGACUCUCUCCAACAUGUAAAAUUUAUUUGGAUACAGAGGAAAUAAACCAACAAGAACAUGAAAAAGUAAUAAGGGCCGCUUGA